AUUAAUCGCGUUCUUUAUUUCCCACCCUCCUUCCCAAUCAGGUGAAACAGCAGAUGUCAACCACAUUGCAGACAAACUUGCCAAGCUUGUUACUUCGAAAUCCCAGGAAUCUCCUUCAGAUGUGUCAUUCAAGGAAAUGCCUCAUGCCUUGUGCUGGGAACAAGACAAUAGUGAUUCUACUGAUGGAAGUGAAGGCAAGGAACAUGACGAAGAUAAGAUAAUACAUACAAUAGUUUCUCUGUUAAGACAAUCAGGGGACCAACUAGAAGAACAGAUCCAAAAGGACAGGGUUUUGUAUCAGCGCUUUAAAGACAUGCUGUCCUACAGCUUCUUUAAGAGGAUCACUGAUAUGUUCCUGGAGGAUGUCUCGGCAGAUUCAAAAAGUGAGCCAGGAGGCCAAGUACAAUGCACGAAGGUUGCCUUUACAAUGGAAGUUGCCACCAGACUUACUGCUGUGGACAACCAUCCUAUGAACUUGGUCUUGGGCUUCGGAUUAAAGUACCUCAGAGAACACUUCAAGCCAUGGAUUCAGGACCAUGGUGGCUGGGAGAAGGCUUUGGCUUCACUGGAUGAGGAAGAAGUAGAGUAA